AUGAAAUCUCUUAUCAAAUGUCAAUUGUUAUUAUGAUUCAAGUCUGAUAUUCACGUUCUUUUUCCAUUUUCUGUUGUUUUAUAACAAGAUAUCCUAAUAGAUAUGAUACGUCGUUACUGUUAAUAAUUAUAACGAUUUGAAAUUACAGGAUUAACAUAUUUCAUGCAUUGAUACACAAUACAUAAUGAGAGAGAAAUGGCAUUUUAUUUUUUACCUUUUAUGGUUUUCUUAUCUGAUUAUCGCAGCAGUUCUUAUGUUCGGGCACGGUUUCUUGUUAUCUAGAAAAGCCUUGAGUGAUGUAACAGAAUGUAGUCCUCUCAGUCAGAUAAGCUGUGAAGAAGGUGGUAUGCUAAGUAAAGAUAUUUGCAAUGAUGAAUUUAAAAUUAGGCAAGUGUCUUCUAAUCUUGGUGCGCUAUUGGCGUGCGCCCCUAAGCGCAAUAGGGUAGUUUUAAUUCUUGUUGAUGCCCUAAGAUAUGACUUUACUGAAUAUGACGAGAGAAUAGAGAAGCCUCUUUAUUAUCAAAACCGACUACCAAUUAUACAGCAAACUUUAAAGCAACGCCCAGAUCAGGCACGAUUAUAUCGUUUCAUGGCAGAUCCACCCACGACUACUCUUCAACGAGUUAAAGCCUUAGUCACAGGCUCUUUACCUACUUUUGUUGAAUCUAGUUCUAAUUUUGCUGCUAUGGAAUUACAAGAGGACAACUUAAUUGAUCAGGUGGUGAUGAGUGGGGGUAAAGCAGUACUGCUUGGUGAUGAUACAUGGUCUAGGCUGAUGCCUAAAAGAUGGCUGCGGUCACAUGCUUUAUAUUCAUUUCACACUUGGGACCUUGAUACAGUAGACAAUGAAGUUGAUUCCAAAAUAUAUGAUGAACUUAAGAAGAAUGAUUGGGACUUACUAGUGGCUCAUUACCUUGGAGUGGACCACGCUGGACAUAGAUAUGGUCCAAACCACCCAGAGAUGGCAAGAAAGUUGAAGGAAACAAAUAUAAGAUUGCAAAAAAUUAUUGAAAUAUUACCACCAGAUGUAUUGCUCUGUGUGAUUGGUGACCAUGGAAUGACAGAAUCAGACUCACAAGAAUGGAAAGAUUUGGAUGGUGACCAUGGAGGUGAAAGUAGAGCGGAAAGGACGGCGGCAAUGUUUGUGUACCGGGGCUCCGGUCUCGGUGAUGAAGGUGAACUAUCAGUGGGAAAGGAGGUGCAACAGACAGACUUAGCUCCCACCUUAAGCGCGGCUCUCGGACGCCCGCCACCAGCCCCCUCUCUAGGAAAUAUUUUAUUCUCAGUAUUACCGAAGAUGUCGAAAUCAAUAACUUUACUACAUCUUAGUAAUAAUUUAAAACAGGUUACUAAGUACCUUAUAAGGUAUGGUGAAGAAUCUCAACAAGUAUCAUUAGAUAAAUUAGCGCAUCUGAUCAAUGCUACAAGGGACCAAAUAGAAAAAGCUGCCACUAUUGAAACAGAUAUUGACCUAAAGAACUACAUUUCUGAUGUUAGGAACUUAAUGGAGAAUAUCAGAAGUACAUUUAGAGAAGUGUGGGUGGAAUUUGAUUCCCUGUCGAUGCUUAGAGCACUCCUGUUGCUCUUGUUAGCUAUUUUCUUCAAUUGGCUCGUCACAGAAGGUGUUCCUUUCGAGCGUAUAUCUAAUAUAUUCGCCAGUUCGUUCGUACCGACCGGUCUAAUAUCGUUGGCGGUCUGUACUACUGUUUGUUACACCGCCUAUUAUUUCAGUUAUCUCGAAGGUCUCGAACAUUCAAUAAUUUUGAGCACCGGCUUAAUGUCCGGUGGUUUGACUGGUGUGCUGGUUAUUAUGCAUUGGGAUGGGAUCACACAGCGUUGGUACGAAGGCAGGUCGAGGUUCUAUGAGAGGUUCUCGAGAGCCGCUUUAGUCGCGUCCGCUGUUAUUCUAGUUUCGAACAGUUAUGUGAUCGAAGAGGGCGCUAGUUUAUCGUAUUUGGCUUUGUCUGCACUGGCACUUAUCGCUUGGAAUAUUGGUAAUGUGAAAGCGGUGGUGUGUUGGGCGCUUUGUGGGGUCACUUUAACUCUGAGUAGGUCGUACCGUGGUUGUAGGGAGGAGCAGGGGGAGUGCUGGACGGCGGGGGAGGGAGCGCCGACGGGGCAGGCAUCGCGUGCGGCGUUGGUGCUGGCGUUGGGUUCGGUAGCGGCCACGAUCUCUAUCACCCGGCGGCAUGUCGGCUGGAGGGGCUACGGUAUCACUCUAGGAGGCGUGUUGGUUUGCGCACAUUGGGCCGUUGGGUGGGGGGCGCUCGGGUCACCCGUACAGUCAAAGCUAAUGGCGAAGAUGUCUUGGCUGGUUAUAGUCGUGAUGUUUAUAUUAUUGUGGAAGAGAGAUGGGCGCGGUGCUACAAUGCCCCUGGUGGUACUAGGUUUAGUGUUAUAUCUGGCUAAUGUGCUGGUGCUGGGUGCCAGUUACGCUCCCGCAGCCGCUUUGGCUCUUCUUUCUGGUUUCCUGACUCUGAAUAUUGUUUCGUGGUUGAAGACGGAUAGUUCAUCCAAAUUCUCAUUAAGUUCUCGUUGCAACUCGUGCGUGGCAUGUGUGUGGGCUCUGUUGGCCUGUUACAAUUUCUACGGUACGGGUCACCACGCUACGCUGGGACAUAUCAGUUGGGCGCCCGUGUUCCACGCCGGAGACCCCAAUUACAUAUCAAUUGGUCCGCUCGUAACCGUUAUACUGACAUCACUUCAUCUCUUUGGUAUGCCGUUUAUGUUUGGUGCCACGGUGCCGCUGCUCCUCCUGUGGGGUCGUAACGGUAUCUCCAAUUUGGGAUCUCGUACUCAAAUGGCUGCUGUAUUUUCUUUAUGUCUUAAAUUUGCGCUUUGCUUCGCAAUUAGGGUGUUCGUGUGCGCGUUAUCAGCAACUAUUCACUGCCGUCACCUUAUGAUAUGGGGUGUGUUUACUCCGAAAUUGUUGUUCGAAUUCGGCGCGUGCGCAGCUGCCUUCCUCGGCACGGCGCUCGGCGCCGCGCUCACCGCCUACCACUUACCACCACAGCAACGUAGCAGUUGACAAAAACGCAACAAAUAGAUACAUUAAUUAUUGAUUUUUGGGACUGUUAACAUAAAUUAAAAAUUAAAUUUAUUUUCUAGAAUUCUAGACUAUCGAGUUAAUGCAUUUUUGUUAUUUUCAAGUAUUAUUUUAUUUAUUGGGAGAUCCAUUGCAUUUUUUUGGUUAUGUUUAAGCAAGAAAGCACUUACUUAUUAUAGAUAGGAUUAAACGUUACAUAAAAUAGUCUUUAAUAAUCUGUGUUCAUAAAUAAUAGUUGUGUAAAUUGAAAGAACUAUACAUAAUUUGAAUGUCUACCUCAGUCUAAUAAUUCAAUGUGUUCUAGUAUGAACACAUAAUGCUUUUUAACUUUGCUGGUUUGUAAGAGGAUAGAUUUUAUGCCCUGCUCACAUUACUCCAGUCCAGUGAUUAAAUCUAGCGAUGGAUACAUUUUUUUUAAAUUGGAAUAAUGUGGACUAGGUAUAACAAUUUUGUAAAAAUCUGGUCUUUUAAAAAUAUAUUCUAGAUAUAAUUAUCAUAAUAAAAAUGUCCAAUAUAUCUAUAGAUCACGUAGUUCGUUAAUAAGAUUUGGAAGUUAUGUAUUAGUUUUUACUACCAAAAAUUGUUAGGCUUGAAAAUUUUUAUACUUUUGCUCAUGUUGUUUUUUAC